CAAAAGGCAGCAGAGAACUGAAGCUGCAAAGCUCGGAAAGCGUCAACAAACCACGGAAAGUUGCUGUGAGGGAGGCAUUUUGUAUUAUUUCGUCUUCAGUGCUGCGUCGCAUCAUGCACAGACUUUAUUUUUGGUGUGUUUGUUUUUUAAAAAAAAAAUCACCUUUAACUUUUGUGCCCCUUUUCUUGUUGCUAGUACAGAAAACACGGCGCAAACUUAUCGUACACCGACACAUAUUUGUCCAGAGGGGAGCCCCCACAUCACCACCUUUCGUUCUCAUCAUUUCUCUGACUCCCCUCCUCCCUCUGCAUAUCUUUCACAUGCUGUGCAGAGGCCAGAUUGACACAGCAGUUUCAGCCCAGGCUACACGCAGGAGCGUGCUCAGUGGCGGGGUUAUACAAUCCGCCAAGGAGGACAAUAACGGAUUAAAAGGAAGGAAUGAUGAAAAAGCGGUGAAGAAGAAACAACUAAAUGAGAGUGAAAGAAAGGAAGAAGGAAAAGAGAAAGUCAUGCACCAGACAACAAGUCGCUGUGGACAGUGCAAAGUGGGGAUGUGAGUUUCAAUCAAAGGGAAACUGAAUCCAAACAGAGAAAACAGCAAUCAGCCUGAAAGGUAACGGUCUUCUCCGAGGCCCGAGCAUUGCCUGCCUGCUGGACGCCUGAUCUGUGGGAGUAAUCAGACCGGCCUCCCACCAAAACCUCAAAUGAGGGAUUAUUGUUGCCAUGGGAACAAGUACAGCAUCGUGUCAAACAACAUACCGGACGAGGAGCGUCUAAAGAUCUGCGCCUUGGAUCUCAAUAACGGUCACACUUCCUCUGACGUGCGCUCACACUCAGCCUGUGGCACGGAAUUAGACAGCAGCAGCAGGAGGAGGAGGCGGCGGCGGCGGCGGUCAGGAGCCUCCGGCGCUGCUGUCCCCGGCGCACGGGGACAAGGAGGGAUGAGCAACUACAACGGGAGGGUUCUGACAAGGGGCUCGAGCCAGGUUCGCAGCCGCUUUGUCAAGAAGAACGGCCAAUGUAAUGUGGUCUUCACUAACAUGGAGGAAAAGAGGCAGCGCUACCUGGCCGACAUCUUCACCACCUGCGUGGACAUCCGCUGGAGAUACCUGCUGUUCCUAUUCUGCGCCAGCUUCAUCAUCUCCUGGUUGUUCUUCGGCAUCAUCUUUUACAGCGUCUCCCUCUCCCACGGGGACUUUGAGGAGCGCCUCGCGGUCAAGGGCGAAGGGCUAGCGACGAGCGGGCCGCGGUCACCCAACUCGGCACGCGCGACGGCAGGCCAGGCCAAAAGGAUGCCUUGCAUCCUCCACGUCCAGGGAUUUGUUGGCGCCCUCUUGUUUUCCAUGGAGACGCAGACCACCAUCGGCUACGGCUGGCGCUGCGUGACCGAAGAGUGCCCCUUGGCCGUCAUCACGGUGGUCGUUCAAUCCAUCGUGGGCUGCAUCAUUGACUCCUUCAUGAUCGGCACCAUUAUGGCCAAGAUGGCGCGCCCAAAGAAACGAAACCAGACACUCUUGUUCUCCAAAAACGCCGUCAUCGCCCUUCGCGAUGGCAAGCUCUGCCUCAUGUGGAGGGUGGGGAACCUGCGUAAGAGCCACAUCGUGGAAGCUCACGUCCGGGCGCAGCUUAUACGCUCCUACGUCACGGCGGAAGGAGAAUUCGUCCCGCUGGAGCAGAUUGACCUCAACGUGGGCUACGACGAAGGCACGGACAGGUUGUUUCUCGUCUCGCCGCUGGUGAUCGUCCACGAGAUAGACGAAGACAGCCCCUUGUACGCCGUGAGCCGAAUUGAUCUGGAGACGGAUGAAUUUGAGAUUGUUGUGAUCCUCGAGGGAAUGGUGGAGGCCACCGCCAUGACCACCCAGUUCCGCAGCUCUUACCUUUCCAGGGAGAUCUUCUGGGGCCACAGGUUCGAGCCUGUCAUCUACGAGGACCGCAACUGCUACAAGGUCGACUACGCACGCUUCGACAAGACUUACGAGGUGCCGUCGACGCCCCACUUCAGCGCCAAAGAGCUCGAGCGGACCGUGAGUCGGGCGUCCUCUGUGGUUUCGCCCAUCUCGGCGUGCAGGUCUUCAAAAAGCUUGAUCCCAUGUUCGGUCAGUACCUUCUGCUAUGAGAACGAGGUCGCGCUGAGCUGCGGGGAAGAAGAAGAAGAAGAAGAAGAUGACAUCUUUGACUCUUCUCACCUCGUCGUGAAGGAAAGAGCGGAGGAGAGAAGGACUUCGGUCGACUUCCAGAACAUGUUUCAGGACACGGCCACCAUGACAUCGGGGAGCCACAAUGUCAUGUGUGUUCUCGACAUGGACAAUAACCAGAUAGAGUUUGACAUCCUACAGGCGGCCAUUCCGCUUGAUCCAGUGACGUAUAAGAACGAGCCAGAGAUUUGAAGACGUACACUUAAUACCGUCUUGCAGUUUGGCAUUUGGUAUACAGCGGAGAAAUCAU